AUGGCAUUUAGUAAAUACACCCUUCCAUCCUUAUGGCUUCUGUAUUUACCAAAAUUGGAAAAUUGUUUGGAGUUGCUCCACGAAAGUUUAAACCACAACAAGUUAAACCAGCUCUUUUACCAGAUGCCGUUGCACAAGCUACAGGCCCACUUGAAAGAGUAUAUAAAUUAAAAUUGAAAGGAAAUGACGAUCCGUUUUUAACAAAUCCUAUAAAAAAGGGUCCAGGAACUAAGGAACAACCAACAUUAAUACCAUCUGUGUUUGAUAGAAGGAUUGUUGGUUGCUUAUGUGAAGAGGAUAUGCCAGGAUUUAAUUGGAUAUGGCUAUAUAAAGAUCAACCAAAACGUUGUGCAUGUGGCCAUUGGUAUAAAUUAAAGCAAGUUAAAAGUCCUCUUGAAACUGUUUGAAAUCAAUGAAUAAAUAAUUUAUAUAAACUUUUUUAAAAAUAAAUAGGCAUAUAUUUUAUAUUAAUAUAACAAUAAAGUAAAUUUAUUAUAAUUUAUAUAUCAAGGCUUGUAAAACAAUGUGUGAUUUAAAAAA